AUGGAAGUUCAAAUUAUUUCUCAAGAAAUUAUCAAGCCCUCAGCUCCAACACCACACCACCUAAGAACCUAUAAGCUCUCUGGAAAAGACCAGAUUGCAGCUUUAGCAUAUGUCCCUGUGAUCCUUUUUUACUCACCAACCAAUGAAAUGUCUAGCAAAAAUUCUGACUACCUAAAAAAAGCCUUUUCCGAAACACUAACCCUCUUCUACCCUUUUGCUGGGCGAAUAAAAGAUGAGUUAUUCAUUGAUUGCAAUGACGAUGGAGCCGCUUAUAUUGAAGCACGUGUUACAUGCAACAUGUCUGUGAUGCUUCAGCAGCCAGACAUUCAUCAAUUGGAGCAGCUACUGCCAUGCAAGCCAGAUGAAAACUUAGAUGACCUGAGCACCAGGGUAAUGCUAGCAGUCCAAGUGAAUUACUUUGAUUGUGGUGGGAUAGCGGUUAGUGUAUCCAUUUCCCAUCGAGUAGCUGAUGGGUCGUCAUUGGUAAGCUUUGUUAAAUGCUGGGCUGCAAUUUCCUGUGGAGUUGACCAUCAUAUUGUUGACGGGGUGGUUGUUGAUUGCACCUCACUCUUUCCUCCACAAGAUUUGUCAGGCAUAAAAUUACAUGAGAGUUUCAGAAAUGACAACACGUACAGUAAAACUGUGACGAAAAGGAUUGAGGCUGUAUCCGCCCUUAUGUGGGGUGCAUUUGUUGGAGAAGAAAAUGAGUCUAAGAAGGUAUAUAAAGUCGCAGCUCACAAUGUGGAUUUGCGGAAGAGAUUGGAUCCACCCCUACCACAACAUUGUAUUGGAAAUAUAAUCCAUACUGCUAUGGCAAAAUGGCCAGCAAAAGUGGUUUAUGCAGACAGUAUUACUGACCAAGGAUUACUGGCACAGAUUGUAAAAGAUCCAAACAACUGGAGUUUAUUUGGUUUCAGCAGGUGGUGUAAAUUUCCAUUCUAUGAGGUUGAUUUAGGGUUUGGAAAGCCCAUUUGGGUAGGCACUGCCAUGAGGCUUAUGCCCAGAGGUGCUUUUCUCUUAGAUACAAGAGAUGGUGAGGGAAUAGAAGCAUGGGUGACAUUAUCUGAGGAAGCAAUGCUCAAGUUUGAAAAAAAUCCUGACAUCUUAGCCUAUGCUUCUGUCAGUCCACGCAUAUGA